AUGUCCCUCGCCUGGACGCCCCUCCGUCUGAAGAUGGACAACCCCGAAGAGGAGCAGUGGGGCUCCGCCGCCAACACCCGCAACUCUAGUUCGCGCCCGGCCUCGCACAAGUCCGCCCGCUCGUCGCGCUCAGCACGCUCGCAGCAGUCGAGUCGCACCACCGAACAGACGCCGCUCCUGUCGCAGGAGGACCGCGAUGAGCACGAAAGACCAGACGACGCGGAAGCCACGCCCGCGACACGCUCGUUGCUGCGCUCGCUCAGUGGCUCCUCAGAUAAGAGCGGCAGUGGCAAAGUCCCGCUGUGGAAGAAGCGAUGGCCGAGCAUACUGGCUCUGAUCCUGCUAUGUCUGCUCGUCGUCUUCAUCAUGCUCGGCUUCCUCGCCAAGGAGAGCAUCGAGGAAUACUCGAUGCAGGCCGCCGACUUCAAGCCCACCAAGCUUUCCAUGGACGGCCUGACGGAACACGGCGCCAAGGUGCACAUAGAAGGCGACUUUACCAUGGACGCGAACAAAGUGAAGAAGCAGAGCGUGCGCAACCUCGGCCGCUUCGGCACCUGGAUUGCGCACGAAGCUGAGACGGGGCCCUUCGAUGCCGACGUCUACCUGCCCGAGUACGGCAACGUCUUGAUUGGCACGGCCAAGAUACCUGGCUUGAAGGUAAACAUCAGGAACGGCCACACGACUCACGUCUCAUUUAUUGCGACCGUCCAGCCUGGCUCGCCCGACGGUAUCCGCAGCGUCGCCAACGACUGGAUCGAUGGCCGACUGGGGCAGAUAAGGCUCAAGGGCAAGGCUUCAGUCCCUCUCAAGUCUGGAUUGAUCAACAUUGGCGAGCAGCUUGUCGAGCAGUCCAUGGUCUUCCAGAGCGGCGACAUCCCUACUCUUCCUCACUACAACAUUACGAAACUCAACCUCGGCGAGGCCAAGCAUGGGCAAAAGGGUCUCGGUGCCGACGCCUCUAUCGUCGUGCAGAACGACUUCCCUGUCCAGAUCACGCUGCCUCCAGUAGCUGUCGACGUGGGCAUUGAGGGCUGCUCGGCAUCUGACAAGCACAUCAUGCUGGGAACCGCUCAGACUGGGCAACUCGAAAUCAAGCCCAACUCAGACGUCAAGGUCGAUGUCACUGGCAACGUCGACAAGCUCUCAGAUCGCAUGACUGAAGUCUGCCCCAAUUCGGCCAAGUCUCCGCUCGACGCCUUCUUAGGCGACUACAUGAAGGGCCAAGACGCGACCAUCUACAUCAACUGCUGCAAGUUCCCUGAUCCAGCUACACCCGACUGGGCCCGUGAGCUGCUCAAGGACAUUACCGUUCCGGUUCCGUUUGCCGGAAAGUCCAUGGGAAGCCUCAUCAAAAACUUCUCUCUUGCCGACAUGCACUUCAGUUUGCCCAACCCUUUCGCCGAGCCUGGCACACCUGAAGCUCGUCCCAAGAUCUCUGGUAUCGUCAAUGUCGAUAUCGGACUGCCCCACGAGAUGAACUUCCCCGUUGAUGUCACCCAAGUCAAAGCUGAUGCAGAUAUCUACUACCACAAGAAGAAGCUCGGAAAGAUGAACCUUGAAAAGUGGCAAAAGGCAAAUUCCACCCGCAUUGAAGGUCAUGGCUCCGAAGGACCCUCCCUCCUUGUUCAAUCCGUUAUCAAGAACGCACCCAUCGAGAUUCUUGACGAUGACCUCUUCAGUGAAGUCGUGCAAGCUCUGCUCUUCGGCGGUAAAUCUAUUCUGAUGGACCUCAAGGCUGCAGUCAGCGUUGGCGUGGAUACGCCCAUGGGCAAACUUGCAGUGCGAGGCAUUCCGGCGCAAGGUGUCGUACCAGUCAAACCGAUUCGUGGCGGCAAAGACGCUCAGCCCGGUGACGGUAAAGACGAAGCGAGCAAGAUCAAUGUGCAGGUUGGUAAUCUAGCCAUUGUCGAAACUUCGCCCACAUCCCUUACCAUCACGGCCCUCGUCAACUUUACGAAUCCUUCGAAAUACUCUGCUACGGUCCCUUACUUUAACAUCAACAUCCUAGCCAAUGGCUCUCACAUUGGCAGUGCGACGGUUAAGGAUAUGGAGGUUUCUCCUGGUAACAACACGAACAAGCUUGCCUCUGUCCUAUGGGAUCCCUACACCUACGGGGGUGACAAGGGCAAGAAGAUUGGAGCAGAACUACUCUCGCAAUACAUCUCAGGCUAUAACACGACGAUAACCGUACAAGCUCACGAAAAGUCUGUCCCAGCCGUUCCCUUCAUCGGCCGCUUCCUCUCGCAAUUCCCCAUCGAACGCCCCAUGCCGCACAUGUCCACCCCCAAGAAACCCGACGACGGCUCCAACCCCGACCCAGACGAUGAUGGCAGAUCUCACUUCAUCCGCGGCACCACCAUGCACCUCAUCACCAGCACUGCCGUCUUCACCCUCGCCUCCCCCUUUCGCUCCACAACCAUGUACAUCACCAGCAUGGACGCAACCGCCUACUACGAAGGCCACACUGCGGGCAAAAUCGUCUACGACUUGCCUUUUGCUGUCCCGCCUGGCCUGUCGGAAUCACCUCGCCUGCCCGUGGACUGGUCAUUUGGUAGUCUCGGGUAUGAGGCUAUCAAGAGGGCGCUGGGUGGGCAGUUGAAACUUAGUGCUUUUGCGUAUGUGGGUGUGAGGAUUGGGGAGUGGAGAGAAGAUAUCUGGUUCAAGGGUGGGAAGAUCGGUGCGAAUGUUAGGCUCUGA